AUGGUGCCAGAAAUUGUAAAAAUUGCCAGACAGUAUUCCAAAGUAUUUGAUAUAUCAAGCUAUACAUAG